GUGGCCGAUCUCAUCUCAUUUCCUGGCCUUUGGCUUGCCAGGAUGCAAAUCACCUCGCUCGAUACUCGAUGAACUCUUGUACCGCCGAUGGAGUGGCGUCUUUGUCUUGUGGCCUCAAACCUUCGCAAGCCACCAGUUCGCCGGCAAGGCUCAUUCAAGCAUAGCUUUCGCCAUCGCACAACAGUCCAUCAUUGAAGACUAUUCCGCUUCGGUACUGAUCGAGAUUACUGUGGAGUUUCGAAGAACUGUAGAGGCUCUGCCACGUAUGGGUAUGGGUAUGGGUAGUGGAGGCCUUGGAUUAGCUGGUCUCUGCUUCGAAGACAGAAGUCGUGAGAGACAUCACAUUUCGAAACCUGAGUUGUUCUACGAUUGUCAAGAGAAUGUGGGAUUUGAGAGAUAUAUGUCAUCGAACGCAAGUGAUAUCAAGUGAUAUGUGAUCUUGCGUGUGCUCUAGGUGAGCAGUUGAAGAGACAGAGGUAGGAACAAUGCUCUCUUUCUCAGCGUGAACUACUUGCUACUGCUAUUGUUUGCGAUGGCAACUUCCAUGAUGAUGACUCUCAGGACCACGUUAUGGCUCUCUUGACCUCCGCAUUAUCGCCGUCAAUAGCAACGCGAAAGAAUUAGAAAACACCAUGAUACGCCUACCGCUCAGCAGUAUAUCCCUUUCUCCUGUUGAUGUCGAGUGCAGUCUCCAACAGGCUGAUAUCUAUUAUGGCUUACUGCGGCAGGGUUUCAAGAAACAUGAUAUUGCUCGUUAUCUCAAUGACUAUCGACAAGCUCAAGCAGAAGCAAAUGGCCUGACUUGCACGGACUUCAAUCUGGCAGCCCCAAGUACAUUCGAGCUUACCUCUCAGCGUGCCAUUCCACAUCCGCAAGAAGAGGAGGAUCAAACACAAGACGCUUGGCAGACUGGGUCAACCAUCAAGAAUGCCUUCUCGGAGGUUGGCUCCCGGUCGACCUCAUAUGGUCAAGAUAUUGAAGGUCAAGAAUGCAGAGUCGAAGUGCACCAUGAAGACAACAGAUCACCAUCCCCGAAAACCACGGUUCCAACGAUGCGAGUCAACAAGCAUGCCCCCCGCAAAAGCUCACUCCUUCGCUUCUUCAGAGCUGCCUCACCAGAAAAGCAAAGUUCUGAAGUUCAUUCGGAAAGCGUCGUUGGCUCAUCAAAGCACACCACCAUCAAGAAUCCCAGCAGGCGAAGUUUGACUCAUUUUUGGCGAACAGCCGAGGUCGAAGACUAUGCUAGUGACACAACAGCGAAGAUUCUGCUCACUGAUCAAUUGAGGCGAUUGUCCCUUGAAAGCACCAGCCGCCCGAGCGAACAUGCUGCCGAAUUGCCUGCCCUGGUCCUGCCGCCACCCUUGUCAGACACUUACACCUUCCAUGACAACUCUGACCUAGGCACGAAUGAAGACUUUGACGGUUUGGGCGAUCUGUCCGAUGCAGAUCAAGCACACAGAAGUUGCAGUCUUUUGUGUUUAACAGAGCACUCGACCUACCUGCCGAGUUCACCUCCUAUCCCGGAUGCAUCACCAAUCGAGACACCUUCUUCGAACCGCGCAGAAUCAGCAUCUCCAGAGUUCCCAGUCACUCCAACUCCAGUCAGAAACGCAAGCGGGUUUCCUCAUACCGAGCCACGCCAAUACCGGCACCUAUGUCUGGACGGCCGUGGCUUUCCGGUAUAUAACGAUUCUCUUCCUGCUGUUUCCCAGCCACAAACCCCUGCCGAUCUCUUGCGAGGCCCAUUUGUCACCGAGCAUGAUGCUGCAUAUACUGCUCCUCCUGGCAUGCUUCUUGCAGGUCCUGGUAGUGUGUCUAUGCUCGACAAUGGCAGGUGGGAUCACCGGAUUGGCGAGCAGAGUCCGACAGCCCGGGCCAUCAGCUUGCGAGAACGACGAAACCGAGAGUUACAGCGAAGCGUUAGAGCUGAAGGCAUCCGACUGCAAAGGUUGCGGCUUAGGGACGAAGCUAUGUUCACCCAAGGAACAUUCGCAGCCGGUCCUCCUGAUGGUGAUGGUACUGGUGAGAGGCCUCAGGCGAUGGCGGAAGCAUUGCAAGAUGCAUGGAGGGAUGAUCUUGAUGCCGAUCGUGUCGGAGAUGAAAAUUUCGAGGUAGAGCUCCUCUUGCUUCAACCCCGAGGAAUGAGGAUUGUCAGCGGCAACGCGAGACUUGACGCAUGGGAAGGGGAGGUGGGUAGAUAGGAUAAGGCUGAGACGGAGACAUGGAAGUAACCAUGGGCCAUGUCAUUAUCCCAAUUUCCACAGGCGCCUGACCGACAAGUAUGAGGGACUCUUUUAAUCAGCACUCGUUUUCUGGACUCUGUACUUGUGUUUGCACUUGCGCCUGCGAAGUACUAUCCGUGAACGUACUGCGUCUCUCGGUCUGCUACGAAGGUGCUUGAUAGAUCAUCAAGGCUUCAAGGUGGCCAGUUUACACGGCAAGCAAAAUCUCAUUCACGUUUUCCAUGACCCAGGGCGACGGUACCCCCAUCAACGCCCGUACGAAGAUACAGGAGGGUUGAGUAUUAUAAAAUAGGUCGGCCCGUCCUUU